CUUCGAAUUAUACAGACUUCUUAUGGUUUGCAAGUUACGUCAAUUGAUCUCAUUGACGAUAUCAUAAUGUAAUAGUUGCAUAUCACAGGAAUAUGAAGCCUAAAAAAUAUAAAAAUACAUAAUUGAUCAUGUUCCCUUUCCAUAUUCAGUUGCGAUUAAGCAUACCAUUUCGCAAGAAGCUGUAAUGAUCACAAAUUAGAUCACUUCAAUACUACAUGAUAGCCGACACCGACCUGCGAUCUGUUGAUGCUUUUUUUAUUGAAAAAAGGUGGUUACCCCGAUGGCUCGAGGAAAAGCUCCACAUUGAAUUAAAAAAAAGUUAGUUUUUAGUUGAGUUAAACUUUACGCCGCCGCGACUCGUGGCGAUGGCGCCUCCAUCAGACGACGUGCUGUGUUGCUGCGAGUACGUCAGCGCUGACGGGGAGAGGUCUCACUUGCUCGCCAGCUGUUGCAAUUGUGAGGCACUGGACCUCGUCUUUGACAGAUGCAUCCGAUGCUCACCCAUUGAGUCGAGCCUCGUGGAGCGCCUUCACUCGACAGUGGCCGACAGACUGCGGGUGCCGUGGCCCAGUGGAGCAAUCAAAGUUCCUGCUUCUGUUGCCUUCAGCGUUGCCCUGAUGCCUUGCUUUAUGUUGUUGGCAGCCAUUUCUUUGACUGCCACGCUCAUCACCUACUGUUUACUCUUACCUUGCGUCGUGUAUACCGUCCACAGACAUAUUAAGGACAUUGCUGUGUCUCGUGACCCGCAGCUCUUGAGCAAACAAACGAGACAUCGCUCUAAGUUCUACAUAUCGUUCCUUCUAAGUUCACUUUUUUGGUGCUACUUCUUCUUCAUGACUCAAGUUAUGAACCAUCUCGAAAUAAAUGCCAUAGAGAGCCUCGUUCUUCACGCUCUAUGCGGUACUUCCUUAGCGUGCCUUUACAUCACCCGGGACCGCAGUGCCCCCCGUCUCAGCCCUCCCGCCGCCGCCGAAGUCGACGUCAUAGAGAGCGGCAAUGCCUGGCGGCUGUGUGACGAGUGUGUCAAGCAGGUGCCUGCUUUUGCGUCGCAUUGUCGCACCUGCAACGCCUGCUUCCUGCACCGGGACCAUCAUUGUCUGUGGCUUGACUGCUGCAUCAGCUCAUCCAACGACCGUUGGUUCGUGUGUAGCGUGGCCGUGGGCGGUACGGCGCUCCUAUACGCUGCGCUGCUCGCCCUCUCCGUCGUGUGCCGGCCGUACGUGCUGCGUCACUCCUCCCUGCUGCCGCUGCCCCAUCUCUGCAUAUACGUCUACGCUACAUGGAAGUCAGGCUUGUCGACAUCAACAGCGUGUUUACUGCUGAUGUUGUUCACCGCGUCGUGGCUGCUGCUGGUGCAGCAGGUCGUGUGCAUCGCGCGCGGCGUCAGGUUACGCCAGUGGAAGAGAAGUCGUGACACUUCUCGCCUCACGCUGGCCAAAGUCAUGCAGAACUGCUUCAACUUUUGGUUCAGAUGGAGCAGUCCGCCCGUCACGCGCCGCUCUUGUUGAUACGAGAACGUCGCGUACGAGCUUCUCCCGCUUGUUACACAUCUAAAUGGGCCACCGUAAGCAUCUCACCCCAUCACCAAAUGCUCUCAACCAAAUAUUUGUAUUUUUUAACUUUAGCUUUUCUAACAAUCUUUAUUUCCUUAGUAAAAUCGAUAAACUACCAAUGAGGGUUUUAACCUCUCCAGUUCAGGAACCACCGACCUAAGACGUCGUCGUUUGGACGAAGAGAGGCGAGCCACGAGGAGCCGAAGAAGUUAGGGUGGUUAUAGCCUUAUUAUAAUUACGUAAGCGUGCAUUUGUUUAUUUUUAAAUAUGUCAUUUAUUUGCUCGAAUCACACAUUAAGCAAUAAUAUGAAUGCUAUGAAAGCGAUAAGAAAGCUCGCCAUAUUUUCUUGGCUAGGAUAUUCUAAGUUGAUUGAAAUUGUUGUGUACAUUGCUUGAAGAGGGCGGACUAUCUCCCUGCUUCAUGGGUGGAAAUGAGCAUUAUGGAUUUAUCUAUAAUGCAAUAAACUUCGCGUGAUACAAGUUAGAAUUUAACACCAAAUACUAAUGAAUCUUAUGUUUGCUCGUUAAUUGUUUAUUACAUGAUUCUCAUUCAAA